UCAACCAAUACCUUAUAUCUCUGUAAUCAAUCCAUUCCCUCCAAAAGGGAACCACAGACCUCAUCCAUCCCUGCACCCUUUCCCUCUUCUUCAAACCCUGAGACCACUUUCCUCCCCAUGAGAAACCACCAGUAAGUUUUGCUACAUACUGGUGCUUCUGAUGCCAACAUCAACAAAGAUGGCUAGAAGCAUGCUUGAGUGGAAGAGAGUACCAAUGUUUAUCAUCCUCUCCAUCCUUGGUAUCACUAGUGUAACCAGCACCAAUGCAAUUGCAUCACAGAAGGGUCCGUUUGUACCUCAAGACAACUACCUCAUUAGCUGCGGAGCUUCUGGUUCUGUGCAGCUUGAUGAUGGCAGGACAUUCCGCUCUGAUCCAGAGUCAGUAUCUUUUCUGUCCACCCCAGUGGACAUCAAGAUCACAGCUAACAAUUCUCCAACUGCUGCUUCACCAUUAUCCCCACUCUACCUAUCUGCAAGAGUUUUCUCUGAUGUUUCAACUUAUAGCUUCUUUGUCUCGCAGCCUGGCCGCCAUUGGAUCCGUCUCUACUUCUUACCUAUUCCUGACAAAAAAUACAACCUCACUUCAGCAACAUUCUCUGUGUUCACUGACAAUAUGGUUCUUCUCCAUGACUUCUCCUUCAUAGCCAGUCCUCUUAACCCCAUCCUUAAGGAGUAUAUUGUUGUAACACAGGGAGAAACCUUGAAGAUCAUUUUCACCCCAAAGAAGGACUCAAUAGCAUUCAUCAAUGCUAUUGAAAUUGUCUCGGUGCCACCCACCCUAAUUCCAAAUACCACCAAUGGCCUGCCUCGUCAAGAACAAUUUGAUAUCUCCAACAAUGCAUUGCAGGUAGUCUACCGGCUCAACAUGGGGGGUGCACUUGUGACAGCCUUCAAUGACACACUAGGGAGGACCUGGUUACCAGAUGCACCUUUUUUGAAGCUUGAGACAGCAGCACAGGCGGCUUGGGUUCCUCCUAGAACCAUCAAGUACCCUGAUGACAAGGCAGUCACACCACUCAUUGCUCCAGCAAACAUAUACUCAACAGCACAGCAGACAGCAUCGACAAAUACCUCACAAGCAAGAUUCAACAUAACCUGGGAAAUGGAAGCAGAGCCAGGAUUCAAGUACCUCAUCCGCCUACAUUUCUGUGAUAUUAUAAGCAAGGCACUCAAUAGCCUCUACUUCAAUGUGUACAUAAAUGGCAUGAUGGGUGUAUCCAACCUUGACCUCUCAAGCUUGACAAUGGGCCUUGCAGUAGCCUACUACCAGGACUUCACCGUGGACUCAUCCAGCAUCAUCAACUCCACCCUUCUAGUGCAGGUUGGCCCAAGCACAACCGACUCCAGCAAUACUGAUGCCAUCCUUAAUGGUCUUGAAGUCAUGAAAAUAAGCAACCAAGCAAACAGCUUAGAUGGCCUAUUUUCACCAAAAACAAGCUCACAUCUUGGUAAGAGGAUACUAACUGGCAUAGGUCUUUCUUUGGCAGUGAUUGCAGCUGCAUUGGUCAUAGUUAUGUGCUGCAGGCGAAACCAAAGGCCAGAGUGGCAGAAGACAGACAGCUUUUGGUUCCUUCGACUCAACUCCAACCAGUCCAGCUUCAUGAACAGCUGCAGCAGGCUCUCCAGAAGUCGCUUUGGCUCCACAAGGACCAAGAGUGGUUUUUCUAGCCUGUUUGCAUCUAGUGCUUAUGGACUGGGCCGCUAUUUCACCUUCGCUGAAAUUCAGAAAGCCACAAAAAACUUUGAAGAAAAGGAUGUCAUUGGUGUCGGUGGCUUUGGGAAGGUUUAUCUUGGUGUUCUUGAGGAUGGUACAAAGCUAGCUAUCAAGAGAGGCAAUCCAUCUUCUGAUCAAGGUAUGAACGAAUUCCUGACUGAAAUUCAAAUGUUGUCAAAGCUUCGUCACCGCCACCUGGUUUCACUCAUUGGUUGCUGUGAUGAGAAUAAUGAGAUGAUCCUGGUUUAUGAGUUCAUGUCAAACGGUCCACUCAGGGAUCAUCUAUAUGGUGCUACAAACCUGAAGCCUCUAUCUUGGAAGCAACGCUUAGAAAUUAGCAUUGGGGCAGCAAAAGGCCUGCAUUAUCUUCAUACAGGUGCAGCUCAGGGUAUAAUUCACCGUGAUGUCAAGACUACUAACAUUCUCCUUGAUGAAAAUUUUGUGGCCAAGGUUGCUGAUUUUGGCCUAUCAAAAGCUGCUCCAUCCCUAGAGCAAACUCAUGUCAGCACUGCUGUCAAAGGAAGUUUUGGCUACCUUGAUCCAGAGUACUUCAGACGUCAACAACUAACAGAGAAAUCAGAUGUAUACUCAUUCGGGGUGGUACUCUUUGAGGUACUGUGUGCAAGGCCAGCCAUCAAUCCAGCACUUCCAAGAGACCAGGUGAACCUCGCAGAAUGGGCCCUUACAUGGUACCGCAAGGGAGAGCUCAGCAAAAUAAUUGAUCCUCACAUUGCAGGUCAAAUCAGGCCUGAUUCACUUGAGAUGUUUGCUGAGGCUGCUGAAAAAUGCCUUGCUGACUAUGGAGUCGACCGUCCAUCAAUGGGAGAUGUUUUGUGGAAACUUGAAUUUGCCUUGCAACUUCAAGAAAAGGGUGAUGUUGUUGAUGGAACCAGCAGCGGGAUACCAAUGAAGCACUUCAAUGACUCAGUGUAUGAUGACAUGGAGAAAUCUAGAAGUGCAGGGCCACCUGUUCAAGGAAGAUAACAAUAUGAUCACAUCACCAAGAUUUGCAACUGUAGUAAUCCAGUAUUACAUUUUUGUUGUCCAGUCAUGGAAAAUGAUAUGGGCUCCAGAUAUAAAGAUGUACAUUAUUUUGUUUCUACUUCAAAGAUCUAGUUAUUGUUUUGUA